AUGCCUUCGACCCCACGACGCAGCAGCGUCGGCACCUCAAGACGAGAUAAACCUCAUGUACCCUACCGUGGUGACAACCCAGACGUUGGAAAGAAGACGGGUGUCACCGUUAAACGAGUGACUGCCCGCGGCGACGGUUUCGAACCGUUCGAGCAGCUACUACAGCAAGCUGACCAGCGAACGCCACCGGCGAAGAGGAGUAAGAGACGACGAGAUUCUGAACCGGAAGAGGAUAUUGUGGAUGAGGAUGGUGAACAGGAUAUGGAGCUGGAUGAUAGUCCCAUUCAUUACAUUGCCAACAGCCGAAAACCUGCUACACCCUCGUCCUCAAGACGCAUAGGCUCUUCUUCACGUCCAGUUGCUAGAGUAUCUGAUGUGGACUUUGAUGAAGUCCCGUCACCUCGCCCUCAGUCCAGUCGCUCCAACGGCCGGGGACGGUCUCGAUUAUCAGAAACGGUGACCGCUCGCGAUCUGGAAGAUGAAGAACCCGAACAGUAUGAAGAUCAAGACGGUGGCGCGAUGAAUAAUGGAGACUACGACGAUCUCGACAAAGAUGAUAUGCCGUCACCACAGCAAACUAGUUUCAUGGAGAUGGACCGUGAUGAUGACGAUGAACAGCAGGGAGACGCUGAUGAUGUCCCUCCUGUUGUUACUUCACCCAACAAGUCUAAAAAGGGCAAACAGCGAGUCACACUGGAGGAGCCGGAAGAAGACGUUGAGGCCGGUAUUGCUCACGAACUCGAACAGCUGGAUCGGGAGGUUCUGUCAGACGACGACGAAGAGCCAUCUCAGAAAAAGGUGCGAGUAGAGAAGGCGAAAGCGAAGAAGGCCCUUAGUACUAGCAGCCGUCGACUAAAAGAGAACCGUAGCAUAACGCCUGAAGGCGUGCGGCGAAGCCAGAGAAGACCUUGUAAACCUCUGCAGUGGUGGCGUUUAGAGAAGCGAGUGUAUGGCCGCGUGACCGAAGGGCGUAUUCUAGUUCCUGAAGUCAAGGAAAUCCGACGGUUGGCCCCGGAGCCUGUCGAGCCCCUCGGUGCGAAGAAGAGAAAGCGAUCAACCCGAAGCAAGAGUAAAGCACCUGCGGAGUAUGCCGAUCCUAAUCCUGAGAAAGGCUGGGACGACGAGACCAAUACACACUGCGAAGUACUUGGGUAUCCCGACGGCCAACCCCGCAUGCGGCGCAUUGCAUGCACGGCACGAAUGGUUCAUGUCCAGCAAGCUGCAAAUAGCAACUGGUUCUUUGAGAAGAUCUUCGUCGCAAAGCAAUCUAAACGUUCAAAGGACAACACCUAUAUCUUCUAUAUCAUCGAGGGCGCUAUCAACCUGAGAAUUCAUGAAACCAGCAUGAUUCUUUGUGCGGGCGCCAUGUUCAUGGUCCCUCGAGGCAAUGCAUACUUCAUCGAAAAUAUUGCCGAGCGGGACGCCAAGCUGUUCUUCAGCCAGGCCCGUGAAGACACCUCAUCUGAACUGUCCCGACCUGUUUCGGCAGGCGGGAGGUCAUCGAGUGCUGGAGCGCGAGCUGGGGAACCUCCGAAUGUUGAGAAUCCCGUUCCGAAGAGGGCUGCGUCGUCAAAGAUUUGA